ACCUCCGGAUCCCAACCCAAGCCAGAGCAAAUCAGCAAGAAAACACCACAAAUCACACCAAAGCAACGCACACAAUGUCGCUGGUGAGGAGGAGCAGCGUGUUCGACCCGCGGUCCGACUUCUGGUUCGACCCCAUGGACACCAUCGACGGCAUCUUCCGCUCCGUCGUCCCGGCGGCCGCCACGGAUUCCGACGCCGCCGCCUUCGCCAACGCCCGCAUGGACUGGAAGGAGACGCCCGAGGCGCACGUGUUCAAGGCCGACCUCCCGGGAGUGAAGAAGGAGGAGGUGAAGGUGGAGGUGGAAGACGGCAACGUGCUGGUGGUGAGCGGCGAGCGGAGCAAGGAGAAGGAGGACAAGAACGACAAGUGGCACCGCGUCGAGCGCAGCAGCGGCAAGUUCGUCCGCCGCUUCCGUCUGCCGGACAACGCUAAAGUGGAGCAGGUCAAGGCCGGGCUCGAGAACGGCGUGCUCACGGUCACCGUGCCCAAGGCCGAGGUCAAGAAGCCCCAGGUGAAGGCCAUCGAGAUCUCCGGUUGAGUAGUCCGUCUGCUUGUGUGAACGGUGUGAUCAAUUGGGGACAGUUUGUUAUGUUCAUGCACUGCACCUUUGGUUUCCUCUGUAGUCUGUAACUGCCUUGUGUAAUCUCCUGUCCUCUGUUCGCCUGAAGAAUAAACAUGAAAUAAAUCUUUCAAGACUUUUUGAGUGCAAAA